CUUUGUUUACGUGGUGACGUGUACCGGAAGACAUGCUAACCGGACUAACAGCAGGGGAGAGCAGUCGUUCUGGCUUUGACAGGAAAGCUUUAGCUGUCCAUAAUUAUUUGUUGUUUUAUUUUUCAUUUGCGGUCCGGAACUGUCACAUAUUCACGUGAGUUACAUUCAAACAAUUGCGGAAUAACAGUCUUACUGUGCGUUAAGCCCUUUAGCUUAGCUACUCUUAGCUGUCACAGUCGUGUGGACGCCACCAGCAUCGGGCUCAUCCCUCUGUGGACAGUUUAUCUCUCUCAGGUCUUUCAUAAGCUUCCUGUUUGGCCUCUGGAACGAUGGCCAGUCCAAAUGAUCUACAGUUCCAAGAGUUUGAGGAAGCAGCAGAGCUGUUGUCCGCUGACCCAGAAGCCACCACGCUCAGUAUGUCCGCCUCAGACAACCUCGCUCGAUCAGGAGGAGGAGAGGAUGUGAAAUUAGACCUGUCAGAGGAUGAGCACGAUGAGGAGGAGAGUUCAGAGCUGUUGGGAGGACACAAACCAACCAGUGGUUUCUGGACCUUUGAGUACUACGAGUCCUUCUUCAAUGUGGACACUGUGCAGGUACUGGAUAGAGUGAAGGGAUCUGUGCUGCCACUUCCUGGAAGAAACUUCAUUAAGCAUUACCUUCGAUCUAACCCAGAUCUGUAUGGUCCGUUCUGGAUCUGUGUGACACUGGUCUUCUCAGUGGCGAUAAGUGGGAACCUGUCGACCUUCCUCAGUGAGAUGGGAAACCCGGCGUAUCACUACAGACCACAGUUCCACAGAGUAACGAUAGCUGCAGUAGUGAUCUUCAUGUACGCCUGGCUCGUGCCCAUCGGUGUGUGGGGUUUCCUGACGUGGCGGCAAGGGUCUGAGCGGCAGAUCGGAGCCUACUCCUUCCUGGAGACCGUGUGUGUCUACGGCUACUCGCUCUUCAUUUAUAUUCCCACCUCAGUUUUGUGGAUCAUCCCGUUUGAGUGGCUGCGCUGGGUGCUGAUCGUCGUCGCCAUGGUGAUCUCCGGCUCCGUCCUGGUCCUGACUUUCUGGCCCGUCGUCCGCGACGACACCAAGUUGAUGGCUGUAGCCACAGUGGCGACCAUAGUGGUUCUGCACGCGCUGCUGGCCGUCGGCUGUAAGAUGUAUUUCUUCCAGACAGCCGUCCACAUACCUGCACCAGCUCCCACCACACCGUCUCUUCAAACACUGGUCACUAAACAACACUGACCACAGGCAGGAAGUGUUAGCAGGGAGACAGGAAAUGAAGGUUGUCUGGAAUCACAGGCAGAAAAACUAUGUGUCGAUAAUAAUCCAAAACAGUGAUUAUUGUCAUUGUGAGGCUUCUGAUAUGAGCUGGGACGUGUGUGUGUGUGUGUGUGUUUAAUUUAUCCUGAGGGUACAGCUGAGGUAGCAGGGUGAUAAUAACUGUGACACUGUGUCCAAAUAUGCUGCAUUUGCUUUGUUUUGAAUGAGCUGUGAAAACAGAAAGAAAACAAAAAAAGUUAGUUAAAGAAAACACGGACGUGAAUCCGUGUUCAUGCAAAUCAUCCAUUCAUAUCACAUAGCUUUUACAAUAUGAUAACGCCGUUAAUCAGACGCUGAUGUGAGUGUGACGGACGCAGUGACCAAAGCUGUGGUCCGUGACAGUAAAGGUGCAGUCUGUGUUUAUGACUGUACGCCUGUGUCGUCUGUGUCUCCGUUAGCUGCAAAACUGUGGAAAUAAAUCUGUCUCUCCACGUUUUUAAAAGCCUGAGAAUUUGUCAGUGUUCUGAACUUCAAAAGGCUUUUAAAAUUCAAAAUACAUUUUAGUUCAAUGAAACUUUGAAGGAAGACUCCAUUACAUUUUGGAGGCAGGUGGAUACAGGGAUUUGUUUUUGACAUUUCAAGAAAAAGAGUAUUGUAGGUUUUGUUGUUUAUUCUCCGCAGACUUUCUAGUUUCUAAUUUAUUUAAUGUACUUAUUUAAUGUUAGAAAACAGGUGAAACAGUCACUCCUGAUCUAGGGCUGAACAAUGUUGAAUAAAUACCUAAUUGCGAAAGGGUGAGACGGACAUUUUUACAUCAAUAUUCUCAUUUUCAGUCAAAGAAACAUAUUUAAAAGGACGAAUGUGUGAUAUUUGUGCAGCUCCGUGACAAACAAAGAUGUUCUCUUCAGUCUGUAGAAUAAGGAAAAAAUAAUAAUAUUGAGUGCUGUCUGUGGAGUUCUGGCUCCUGAUUGGAUAAAGUACUGUCUGUCAGAGCCGGAGACUGAAGGACAUGUGACCGAGAACGCUGUCACAAUUAAAGUGUAUUCUGACAGAUGUGAAGUGUAUUUCCCUGACAGCAGCUGUAAUCGUCUCAUGUUUGUUUAUGUGUGGUCGUUCCUUCACUAAUGUCAGGACCAGUUCCUGUCCAGCUUUUUGUUGAUUUCUUCAUUUAUGAAUCAUAGUAUAAUAAUAGUUUUUGAAUGUGAUCUUUACGAGAAACAGCAGCUUCCAGCAAUCCAUGAAUCAGAUGCAGGAAAUGAAACGACUAGAUACUGAAUGUGUUACAGUGAACUCUGCUAAGAAAUGUAAUCAUCCUCUUUAAUGUUCAUUUAUAAAACGACCUCUGUUGUGUUAUUUGCACGGAUGAUUUACUGUAGAUGAAGGAAAAGGUUUAUGUUUUAAAAAGAACUUACUUUCCUACUGUGACGCUGAUGAGGUUUGGGUUUCUUUAGGUUAAUAAACAGACUCUGUUCUGCUUA